AUGUCGUUGGUUAGUGACGCUGAAAAUCUACAGAAUGUCGAAAAUGUUGUAAACAAUAUUGGGUUAUAUUUCCAACGAGCCAAUUUGUUCCUCAGUUUAAUGUCGAUAAUUUUAAACGUGUUUCAUAUUCUCGUUCUAUCUAAUAAGUCUAUGAGAACAUCCUCCACAAAUGUUAUUUUGAUUGGUUUAUCGAUAAGUGAUCUUGGAAUCGCAAUGAGUACUAUGUACAAACAAAUGUUUAUGGUGGACCCGCAGAAUUCAGAGUGCAUUACUGCAACUUCACUAUCAAAAGUUUACAUGGACAUUACUGCUUGGUCGGUUCUCAUUUAUUUCAGACGAUGUAGUUCCUUUCUUGGGGUUCUUAUGGCAAGCGUGAGAUAUGUUAUAAUGAAGAAGCCAACUGUCAGCAGAUACAGUAACUGGUCAAAACCGUCGGUUGGUUGGACUUUGACAGGUUCUGUGUUUUGUAUCAGCGGUCUGCUAACCAUAUUUUAUCAAGCAAGAUGGAUUGUCGUGGCUAAUCAAACUGCUCCGUUGCCUAUUACAUGUGCUCAGUUUCAAAACUUAAAUAGUAAACCACCGUAUUCCGUGAUUCUAGCGCACAUUUUUAGCGCCAAUGAUGCUAUAAUUCACAGAAGUUAUAUGAUCAUGGAUGUUCUGAUUAGUAGGUUCAUCCCAUGUGUGGCAUUCAUUAUUCUAACAAUCGCCCUUCUACGGAUCCUUCAAUCAAUAAAAAUAACCAAUCUCACGAGACGCAAGUCCAGCGUUCAUCACGACGAGAAACGAGAUUUAAGUACGAAGCUGAUUGUUGUAAUGACAUUCACAUUUGUUCUUAUCGAGACUCCACUUGGUAUGAUUUAUAUGGGACGAGUGAUCUUUGAUAAAAAUCUAAUGAUUACGCUAUUGUCCACAGAUCUGGCUGUCUACUUCCUGAUGCUUGUCACCAUCAACUCAAUUCUUCAUCCAACAUUUUGCAUUUUGAUGUCUAGUCAGUAUCGGAAUACGAUUCGACUGAUGCUCGGUCUCACCAGAAGUGCAAAAUUGUCAUCUGCAAGAAACAAAACAAGCGUGGCUUCAGCUCCGAAAUUUCAAAUUACUUAA